AUGGACAAUCGGCCUGCCUCCGAGUACGCACAGUCAGACCAGACUUCGACUGCUGCCAGUGCUCACUACUCUCACAAUCACACCCCGCAACCCGAGGCUCGUCCACCUCAGUACACACCUCAACCUGACGUGCGACCUCCCACUCUUCCGGCUGCGAACACACCUCAGUCCGACUACAGCCUGAAUCCUCCACCUACUCGUUCGCCCGCCUACCAGGACUACCUCCCUCGUCCUCAGUCCUACACGCCUAACUCACAACCCGGCGGUGUCCCCAGUAUGGCUCAAGCAUCAAGUUCGUCCCUGCCUAUGCCUGCAACCUUGCGCAGCCCGAACCUGAAGUCUGACGCCGUACCUCUAGAUCCCUCGCUGCCGGCCAACAGCCCCACCUAUCCUCCCCCCUACUCCCCCUAUCAGCCCCAGGGACACGAUAUGCAGUAUCAGAGCCACCCGCCGCCUCCACAUCAGAUGUACGCGCGCCCGGAAUGGCCCGGCUACGGCGGACACUCACAUGGUUUACCGGGUCCUUAUACUUCUCCUGCUACAACGGUUGGUUCCGCCUCCCCUGGGCCUGCUUCGGCAGGAUCGCGUCCUGGCCAGGUCUACUCUUUUGUUCCUAUUCCUGGUGCUCAGCAGCACAAGCGUCCUCGUCGCCGGUACGAGGAAAUUGAGCGCAUGUACAAGUGUGGCUGGAAUGGCUGUGAGAAGGCAUAUGGUACUUUGAACCACUUGAACGCACACGUGACAAUGCAAUCGCACGGUGCGAAGCGUACUCCUGAAGAAUUCAAGGAAAUUCGCAAGGAAUGGAAGGCCCGCAAGAAGGAGGAAGAUACACAGCGCAAGGCUGCUGAGGAGCGUGAGCGUGCUGCCGCUCAGGCACAGGCCAGCCAUGUCGACGCUCCCGGUGGUCCUUCCGACCCUCAGGCUGCGCAGCCCUCCGCUUACGGUGGUGGUGUUCGCCCUCAAUUGCCUCCCAUCGGCUACCAACCCGCGGACAGUCAGGUCCCUGGUCAAUAUGGAGGCCCGGGUGGUGGCUUGGUCUACCAGAGUAACGGACAGAUGGGCUACCCUCCCAACUACCCACACUCCCCGUAUCCCAACGGUCACGUUUAUCAGUCACGACCUGAACACCUUGAUCUACCUUCGACCUCCAAGAUCGGUCGGCUGAUGACUUCGCUACGGCUCCCCAGAGACCCCAACGACCAGCUACCCCCAAUAAUCCCUUAA